AUGGCACCUUCGGCUAUCUCUCCGACCACUGAGCACUAUGCAUCUCUGUCGCUGAAAUCAUCAUACACCCCCCGUCUCGAAGAAAGCCACAAUGGGAAGGCUCUGUCCAAGCCCAUGAUCGCCCGUGCCCUGUACCAGCGCGUCCAGAGCAUUGAUCAAGACACUUGCGAGCCCGGCGAAGAGGAUGCCUUCUUCGUGGCCGACAUGGGCGACAUCUACCGCCAGCACCUGCGCUGGAAGAAGCACCUCAACCGCGUCAAGCCCCACUAUGCCGUCAAGUGCAACCCCGACCCCCAAGUCCUGCGUCUACUGGCUGCCAUGGGCACUGGCUUCGACUGCGCUUCCAAGGCCGAAAUCGACAUGGUCCUCCGCCUCGGUGUUGACCCCUCUCGCAUCAUCUACGCCCAGCCUUGCAAGACAAAGUCCUACGUUCGCUACGCUGCAAAGCAGGGCGUGCGCCAGAUGACUUUCGACAACGCCGACGAGCUUUACAAGAUCAAGGAUCUUUACCCCGAUGCCGAGCUCUACCUCCGUAUCUUGACCGACGACUCGGCCAGUCUCUGCCGUCUGAGUCUCAAGUUUGGUGCUUCGCUCGACGACACGGGUGAUCUUUUGGCCCUUGCUAGCAAGCUCGGUCUCAAUGUUGUCGGUGUCGCUUUCCACGUCGGAUCGGGCGCCUCUGACCCUGCAGCCUUCCUGAAGGCUGUCCGCGACGCUCGCUUCGUCUUUGACCAAGCAGCUGCUCUAGGUUACGACCUGAAGACCCUCGAUGUUGGCGGUGGCUUCGUCAGCGAGACCUUUGACGCCAUGGCUGCCGUGCUGUCUGCCGCUCUGGACGAGUAUUUUCCUCCUAGUGUCCGUGUCAUUGGCGAGCCUGGCCGCUACUACGUCUCCUCUGCCUUCACCAUCGCCUGCAACGUCAUUGCCCGCCGCUCAGUCGAAGACAAGGCUCUUGGCCUCAACAGCUACAUGCUCUACCUCAACGACGGCGUCUACGGCAACUUCAGCUCCAUCAUGUUCGACCACCAACACCCGAUCCCUCGCGUCUUGAAGGCUGCAAACUCGCCCGCCUCCACCUACGACGCAGUAGCCGCUUACGAUGCCAACAUCCAGUCUCCCAUCGAGUACUCCAUCUGGGGACCUACUUGCGAUGGCAUCGACUGCAUCUCCGAGAGCUGGACUUGUGCACAGACCCUGGAUGUGGGCGACUGGCUGUACUUUGAGGAUAUGGGUGCGUACACCAAGUGCAGCGCUACCAAGUUCAAUGGAUUCAGCGACAGCCACGCCACUGUCUACAUUUCCAGCGAGCCCGGUGCUUCCGCCCUUUUGGGAUACUAG